AUGCGCAUGCAAUUUUGGAAGGAUACUAUUGAUAAAGUAUAUUCUGGAAAUGCACCUCAACAACCAAUUGCACUUGCCCUUCAAGAUUCGUUACAACAUGCUAACUUAUCAUCUAUGUGGUUGAAACGCAUCAUUACGGAAAGAAUGGCCAAUUUGGAUGAUCAUCCGUUUAUGACCAUCAAGGAAAUGGAAGAUUAUGGCGAAAAUACGGCUUCUAGUUUACUUUAUCUUCAAUUGGAGUCUCUGAAUGUACGUGAUGUACAAGUGGAUCAUGUUGUUAGUCAUCUAGGCAAAAUGAUGGGCAUCUCUACCUUUUUACGAUCAUUACCUUUCCAUUUGGCGCAAAAACGAUUAGUGUUACCGGUCCAGAUCACAGCCAAGCAUAAUAUAUCUCAAGAAGCAGUGAUGCGGGGCGAUAUUGAACGAGUGGAUGAUGCGGUAUUUGAAGUAGCGACGGCAGCAUAUGAUCAACUCUUGACAGCUCGAUCCUUAUUGAAUACAGUGAAUCCUGAAGCUUUUCCUGUGAUUCUCUCUGCUAUUCCUCAUAUUCGAUACUUGGAACGACUUGAACAGCAUGAUUUUAAUGUAUUUGAACCGAAAUUACAACGCAAGGAUUGGAAAUUACCACUCGUGUUAUGGUCUAGUUAUAGAAACAGAAAGAUUUGA